AGCCCAUGGACUUGUCAUCCAACUCUUUAAAUGCCAUCGAAACCCCUCUGCGGCUUUUGAUCCACUGUCUCUCAAUCUCCCGUACGCAUACAUAAGUGCAAACCCCACACAAAACUUCACAAGCGAGGAUGAUGGAGAUGUUUGAGACCAACCCUUUUUACUAUCACGAUCAACGCUAUCUGGUGAGUGAAAGUAUGGGCUUUCCGCACUUGGACGGGGCUGAGGUGUCUCCUCUCUACCCGGGAAGCGAGGAUGGCCUGUCUCCAGUUGGAGACGCGAGUCAGGCGGAGCCGAGCUGUGACAGUGGCGGAGAGGAACAUGUCUACGCUCCGCCCGGCCUGAAGUCGCACUGCCCGGGCCAGUGCCUGAUCUGGGCUUGUAAAGCGUGCAAAAGGAAAUCAGCCACCACCGACAGGAGGAAGGCGGCAACUCUCCGGGAGAGGAGGAGGCUCAAGAAAAUCAACGAGGCUUUCGAAGCGUUAAAGCGCAGGACGGUGCCAAACCCUAACCAGAGGUUACCAAAAGUGGAGAUCCUGCGCAGUGCCAUCCACUACAUUGAGAAACUCCAGGACCUGCUACAUAGCUUUGACCAGCAGGAUAAACUGCAGGAGAACGUGGACCCGAUCAACGGCUGCAAAAGCUCCCAUUCAAUGGUAUCAACUCCAGGCUGCUGGGGAACUAACAGCUGUCCUUCCGAAUGGGGGAAUCUCUCUGAUCAUUCGAAUAUCCCAAAUAAACUCCACAAAGAGGGGAAUAGUUCGGAAUCAUCAGGCAGCAGCAGUCUUCAUUAUCUGAGCUCGAUCGUCGACAGUAUUUCGACGGAGGAGGCCACUACGCUCUAUACCCAAGACACAAAUGCAAAUGUCCCCUGAUGUUACCCCAGUUUGUGUAAAUCUACUGAUGACCUACUGCUCAUCCAUGCCUUCGUUACCUCUAGACUUCACUAUCCCAAUGCUGUCUUGA